AAGUAUCAUGACCGACACCCCCGAAUCUAUCGUCACCCACGCCUACGACCAUAUCGGCGAAUGGUACCUCCAAUGGGUCACGAGCCAGCACUCCCCCCGCCAACGCUACACGCAGCAACUGCUCGCGACCAUCCAGCAGCAGCAGCAGCAGCAGCAGCACCCGUCGGCCCCGUCCAUCCUGGAACUCGGCUGCGGGCCGGGGGUACCCAUCGUGCAGAUGCUCCUCGAGCACGGCGCGCAGGUCACCGCCAACGACAUCUCGCCGCAGCAGAUCGCGAUGGCGCGGGCGCGGUGCCCCGGCGCGACGCUGAUCGCGGGCGACAUGACCACGGUGCUGACGUUCAACGAUGCGAGCUUCGAUGGGGUGAUCAGCUUCUAUGCGCUGUUCCACCUGCCGCGCGCGAAGCUCAAGGCCAUGCUGACGAAAAUCCAUGGGUGGUUGAAGCCCGGCGGGGUGUUUGUGCUGAAUCUGGCUACCUUGGAUGAGGAGGAGAUCCACGGGGAGUUUUUCGGGUAUGGGAUGUUUUGGAGUAGUUUUGGGGUGGAGGCGAAUCGGGCGAUGCUCGAGGAGGUCGGGUUUAAGGUGCUGCAGCUCGAGGUGUUGAAGGCCGGGGAUGGGAAGUUGGCGGAGGAUGACCCGGAUUUUGAUGCGGAGUUUAUGUGGGUGAUGGCGCGGAAGAGGGAAGAGUCAUGCUGCCUCACUGUAGGUGAGGUGUGAUGCCAGAGGUUGGUUUGGGAGAUUAGCUGAGGCAGGAUAGAG